UUGGUUAGUGCUGGUCAGGGUCUGCAGAGCCAAUCAGCUGCUCAUGCAGAUGACGUCCUCCUGUCCUACGUCAGCCCCACCGCUUGUCAGGAUCAGAGCUCCACACGCACUGGCAACAAACACAUACACACAUUCCCUCUUUGAGCCGGACAGCACAACUCCUGGCCCGGCAGCCCGGCAGCGGAGGACACAUUCAGGCUUCCAGGUGCCGCAGCCCGCUGUGACAGUGGACCUAACAUCGCCUUACUUUGUGGACAUGGGAGACAUGGGGGAUCCCCCGAAAAAGAAGCGGCUGGUGUCUUUGUGCGUGGGCUGCGGGAACCAGAUCCAUGACCAGUACAUCCUGCGGGUCUCUCCGGACCUGGAGUGGCACGCCGCCUGUCUCAAAUGUGCCGAGUGCAGCCAGUACUUGGAUGAGUCCUGCACGUGCUUCGUCAGGGACGGAAAGACGUACUGUAAACGGGACUACAUCAGGUUAUACGGGAUUAAAUGCGCUAAAUGCAACAUCGGUUUCAGUAAGAACGACUUUGUGAUGAGGGCCCGUUCCAAGGUCUACCACAUCGAGUGUUUCCGCUGCGUGGCCUGCAGCAGGCAGCUCAUCCCGGGGGACGAGUUCGCUCUGCGGGAGGACGGGCUCUUCUGUCGGGCCGACCACGACGUGGUGGAACGGGCCAGUCUGACUCCCGGUGACCCACUCAGCCCACUGCACCCCGCCAGACCGCUACAGAUGGCAGCAGAACCAAUCUCGGCCCGGCAGCCCGCGCUGCGGCCUCACGUCCACAAACAGCCGGAGAAGACCACCCGCGUCCGGACGGUACUAAACGAGAAGCAGCUGCACACGCUGCGGACCUGCUACAACGCCAAUCCGAGGCCCGACGCCCUGAUGAAAGAACAGCUGGUUGAGAUGACCGGCCUCAGCCCGCGGGUGAUCCGGGUCUGGUUCCAGAACAAGCGCUGCAAGGACAAGAAGAGGAGCCUGCUGAUGAAGCAGCUGCAGCAGCAGCAGCCCAAUGACAAGACGAACAUCCAGGGAAUGACUGGCACCCCGAUGGUGGCAGCCAGUCCGGAAAGACACGACGGCGGCAUUCAAGCCAACCCGGUGGAGGUGCAGAGCUACCAGCCGCCCUGGAAGGUCCUCAGCGACUUUGCCCUGCAAAGCGAUAUCGACCAGCCGCCCUUCCAGCAACUGGUCAGUUUCUCGGAGGGAGGGCCGGGUUCAAACUCGACGGGCAGCGAGGUAGCGUCCAUGUCGUCCCAGCUUCCAGACACACCGAACAGCAUGGUAUCAAGCCCCAUCGAGGCCUGAGCAGACGCCGCAUGGACGGGCUGAACUGAACACACCGCCCUGUUCAAACCCACACCCCAACCCCACCCUACUGCACCAAACAACCCCCCUGGUUGUAUUUUGACACUGUGAAGACAAUCAUGGGAUUUUACCACAGCUACACACAUUCUAAUGUCCAUCCAAGAGACAGACGGAUGCGUUAUCAUGGCCGGUGCUGCACGUUCACGCCUGGUUACAUUUGCCAAAAACGAGAAGACUGCAACAAUAAAUGGAACAUCUGAAUAAGAGAGGAAUCUGAAUCUGAUACUGGCGAUAUGCUGUGCGCUACUUUGAAUAAAAACAAUGACUGAUGAUUAUUUUUUUUUUAAAUCGAUACACCUCAGCAUAUAACAGACCAUGUGGAGAGGAACAGCACUGCGUUUCUUCAUUUAAUUACACCUUCAUGACCCAAGUACUAAAGCAUUUGCAACAAGGUAUACCUCUAUUUUGCCACAAGCUUCGUGGGACAUUUGUGUGAGUUAGUGUCCGUCCGAAAAUAUUUUGUUUUCUUUCCCAAAGAUGUGUAUAAUUAAUAAUAAGUUUAAAAAAUACCGUUAGCUCUGGAAGAAAAUGUUUCGUUUGUUCCUGUGCAACAGAAAUUAUUUAUUAUUUAUUGUCGACAGAUUUGCCACCUUUUGUGUAACUUUCUUAACUGAAGUAAAA